GAAUUUGGCUAACCCUAAUCUCUCUAUCCACUCACGUAUGAAGUGAAUUCAGAUUCAACCAACGGAUUGAGGACACGUGAUGACAUGACAAAGCAAAACCCACGUACACGUGAUACAGAAAGUCAUGAACCGGACAAGACUUUUUGGACACGAAGCUGUAAUGUAACAUUGUGUUCUCACACAGUUUCUUUCCUAUAUUUUUUACCACCAUCCAAAUCCAAUUUCCAUAUUUCGUAAUAUUUCCAUUAUUUUUUGUCUCAUUGCCCCCAAAUAUCACCGUUUCUCUCAAGCUCUCUCAAUCUUUUCUCAAUUUGAGUGGCUGCAAAACCCCACGUGUUACCUCCUUCACUUUUUUGGCUGCCCCCACUUUUUUUGUUCACCUCUUUCUUCAACCAAUAAUCCCUUUGGAGGUUUAGGGUUUUGGUCCUCGCGGCUCUCUCCUAAUUAAAGGAUAUUUCUUUCUUUUUUUCAAUAACCGCCCAUGUCUAAGAGGUUUCUUUGCAAGUUCUUUGCUCAUGGAGCUUGUCUGAAAGGGGAGCAUUGUGAAUUUUCUCAUGACUGGAAAGAUCCUCCAAAUAAUGUAUGCACAUUUUAUCAGAAAGGAGUCUGUGCUUAUGGUAGUCGCUGCAGAUAUGAUCAUGUCAAAGCUUCUCGAGAGCAAUCUUCUGCUCCAUCUUCUUCAGUAAUCGAACCCCAGACCCUGGUUUCAGAUACUGUUGCUUUUGGAAAUACUAGAGCUGCAUCAAAUGGUGUUGCUACAGGGGCAGAGUUUUCUCUUUCCAGUAGUCCUUACCUUCUUCCUAGUGAACCGGCUUGGAAUCGAGAACUGGUUUGGAAUCAAGAAUUUGGGUAUCAUGAACCUUUAUGGGAAGACAAUGUUGGUCAAUCAAUAAUCACUUCACCUUCUGAGCUUUCAAUUUGUUCAUUUGCUGGAGCUGGAAACUGUCCACGAGGCGAAAAAUGCCCUCAUAUUCAUGGGGAUCUAUGUCCCACCUGUGGAAAACAUUGCUUGCAUCCUUUCCGACCUGAGGAAAGAGAAGAACAUAUGAAGACUUGCGAAAAUAAGCGUAAGCAUCUUGAGGCAUUGAAACAAAGUCAAGAAAUUGAAUGCAGUGUUUGCCUGGAGCAUGUUCUGUCAAAGCCUACAGCAGCUGAGUGUAAGUUUGGGCUGCUAUCAGAAUGUGAUCAUCCAUUCUGCAUAUCCUGUAUUAGGAAUUGGCGUAGUAGUAACCCAACAUUGGGGAUGGAUGUUAAUAGCACAUUGAGGGCAUGUCCUAUUUGUCGUAAGCUGUCGUACUUUGUCAUUCCAAGUGUCAUUUGGUACUCAACAACUGAAGAAAAACAAGAAAUCAUUAACAACUACAAGGCAAAGCUCAAGUCAAUUGAUUGCAAGCACUUUGACUUUGGGGAAGGAAACUGCCCUUUUGGAACUAGUUGUUUCUACAAGCAUGCAUUUCGAGAUGGCCGUCUGGAGCAGGUAGUUUUGCGACAUCUAGGGGCUGCAGAGGGUGAUACUGUAAUUGCAAAAGACAUCAGGUUGUCAGAUUUCCUUUCUAACAUGCAUUUAAGAUGAAUGCUUUUGUUUGUAUGUUCCAGAUACUUGCUUAAAAUGACAAGCUUCAAUGUCAAAAGUUAUUUUUACAUUGCAAGUCUGCAAUUGGUGCUUUUUCAGUAAACCAUAUGCACUUGAUCACCCCAAAUUUUUCUGAAAUGGAUACCAGAGAAAGAAGUUGCACUGUACAUUCUGUCGUUGUUGUAAUAAAGUGCAUGCGUUAAAUGGUAGAUGGACAUGCUAUGAGGGUAUAUAAAACUUAAAUAAGUUAAUUUUUAAAGCAUAUAAAUCCAAGUAUGGAUUGAUGGUGGUAUACUCUAUUUGAAGCAUGGUGGAAUGCACUCUUUUAGCCAUCGGUGAGACUUUUAGAAGUAUUACUUGUCUGGCGGAUUUCAAUGUUAAUAUGCAAACAUUGAUUGGGGUGAUGAAGUUUCUUUUCUGUUCACAUUAUUGAGAUCCAAGAUAUACCUUUUUACUGUAUACUGGGAUUUCCUUGCUAGUGGGUGGCACAGCACCAAGAGCCUUAGGAAAGGUUUCAACAUAUAUGUAUCGGUUUUGUUAUCUUUUAUAGGACUUUGUCAGGGCCCUUGUAUUGUUGACCCGUUUCCUUUUGAUGAAUAUACUAGUACAAUCUAAGUUUCACCCAUUGAAUAUACGAUUCCUGGUGAAAUUUCAUUCAAUUUAAGAAGCCUGUUUGUUUAAGGGAAAA